AUGGAGAAGAAAAAGCCCAAAUCUCCGCCGAAGGCUUCGCUUCCUGCCAAGCCGCUGUCAAUCGCGAAAGCCAUCGUUACUUCCCAAAAGUCAGAUGUGCCGCUCCCAAUAGCGGAAUCAGCGCCGGUUGAGCCUUCCCUGGAACCUGUCUCGCCCACAUCGCCCCCAAUUGGAAAAAUGUCUAGCCCUAAUUCGGAUUUGUGUUCCAAAUCUGUUGAGGAAUCAACUGUUGCCCCUGAGAUCGCCAUUCCCUUAUCUGAUCCGGUGACAACCCAAGCUGAAACUGAUGCUGCUAGCGCUGCAAGCAAGCUCGUUUCAAAGGAACCAGCUGAUGAAACCAUAACUGAGACGACCCCGGAAACCACAGAUCUCCCUGCUGGCACCCCAUCUUGGAGUUCUCUCGUCAAAGGAACAGCAAAACAACUCUGUAAGAAGAGAGAAGCAUUCACAUUGCCCUCUGGGGAAGCAUGUGUGACUCGGGAUAUAUCUGUUUCCAAAAUGGAGGGCAAUGCCUUCCUUUUUAGAAUCCCAAACGCAUUCACAAGGAAUCGGGUCAUUAAUCAGAGAUUAUGGCAAAUAGAAGGACAAACUAUGUUUGUUGCUAAAUGGGAACCUGGAGUCAUACCCGUCAAACCAGAGUUAUCCAAAGCUCCAAUCUGGCUGGAGUUGAGGAAAGUUCCAUUUCAGUUCUUCAAUGAUGAGGCAUUGGGGGAAAUAGCAGGUAUGGUUGGAGAUCCGAAAUUCCUGCAUCCAUCCACAGCAAAAAAAACAAAUCUCGAAGUGGCAAAAGUGUUUACUAUCAUAGACCCAAGGAAGCCUCUUCCUGAAGCAGUCAAUGUCCAGUUUGAGUCUGGUGUGAUUAACAGGAUAUUAGUCUCAAGUCCGUGGAUGCCUCCUGUUUGUGGCCACUAUAAGGAGAUUGGCCACAACACUAAGAGAUGUCCGAAAUCUCCGAUCACCUGUAAGAUCUGUUCUUCCUCUUCCCACGAUUUGAGCUCUUGUCCGAAGUCAAAGCAGGGAGUUAAUGCUGGAAAGAAAACUCGAAGAGGGCGGUCCAAGAGCAGAGUCUGGACAGAGGUUUCUGAUAAAAGAAAGGGCAUCGACACUACUUCGGAUAUACAGAUCGCCGAGGUUUCAAAUUCUGAUCUGGGUAAAGGUAAAGACUUCAAUGUUGGUGAAUCUAGUAUUGAGAAGGUGACCCCGCCGCUUAUGCCUACUACAGUGAUGAAGCAAAAAGGAAUUGUAAUCACUAGCGAGGUUAUCUCUGAACCAGAAGAAGACUCUUCUGAUGUCUUAUCGAGCGAUUCAGAAGAGGUUGGAUUUAAUGAUGAUGACGAGGAGGAGGGGCAGAUUGUGGAAAAGUCUCAGACAAAUAAAACUCCUCCGAAGAAAAAGAUUGUGGGUUUAAGUGGUGCUAGGGGCAAGGGCCCCAAAUCGCAUUAG